GUCUGUGUUAUGGAUGAGAAGGAAGCGGGUCAGCGCUCUCGUACCUACGGACGCAGUGGUUAACGAACAAAGUAACGAACACAAAAAUAUUAGACGACCGGCCAGACAAGCAAAUCGAUCCAUAUCGGACAAGCUGACCGACUGACAGAGGGACGGAGUUAGUUGCUGCCCGCUGCUGCCGGUAAUCGAAGUGUGUCAUUGUAGCCUGUCUUCCGUAAACAGCAUCGCAAUCAUGUCCCUUUCGGCGGUCAUACGUGUGGCGGUUCGUGCCGUUCACCCGUUUACGCGGAAAUUCACUGCCAAUACCCCGUCAGCGGUAAUACUAGAAAACCAUAAAUUCGGAGAUCUAAGUGGUCUCCGAACCGCAAUGCUGCACAGGUCAUCAGUGGUGAUGACAAAACUCGAGUACGAAGAUCUAGUCGCGCUUCUGGGUGGAGGAAACCUGCAUCUUGUUGACGUGAGAGAGCCGAGCGAAAUUCGUGAGACUGGCAGAAUUCCUGGCGCCAUAAACAUCCCACUUGGUCAGGUAAAACAAGCACUGCUUCUCGACGACGAGAUAUUUCAGGAACGGUUCCGCUGUGAGAAGCCGCUGAAGCAUGAUACAAACCUCAUCUUUUACGGCCUCGGACCAAUUAAGAGCCGCGCUGCAGUCGAGUUGGCUCGUAAAGCCGGCUAUAAGAGUUGUCGAGAGUACAGUGGAGGUCUUGAGGAUUGGUUAAAGCAUGACGGAAACGUGGAGCGUGUUUCAAGCUGAAAAGUUUUCGACAUUCCAUGUUGAUUUUACUACAUAUUCAGCCAGGUAUUAAUACAUCGAUGGUCGAAAUCAAGCUUAGGGUGGACGCGGUGUGCAAAAAAUUAGGUUCCGCUUUUUUCGAAAAUUUGUUUCAAAGCAACCAGAGAGUCUUAUAUGCCCGCUUACGCAUUUUCCUACGACUCUUGCAUGUGACACAAUGAUGUGAUAUCUUCCAUAUUUCUUUUUAAGAUUUCUGACAUGAAUGGUGGGAGAUGAAAUAAAAUCUAUUAGCAAUAAAGGGUUUACAUGGCCACUCAUUAUGCAGUAUAUAUGUCGAACGAAUGUUUGCUCUAAGCAAUUGAAGUACUGCGGAAAUCCAAUUUGUUUUUGUCCGAACCUUUUGUCAAGAAGGAAGGCGAGCGUGUUUUAUAUGUCACAUUCAUAACUAAUCAUUUUAGAAAGUUCAUCAGCUUCAAGGCGUCUUUUAAGUAAAACAACGACAAUCCUGUAAAUAUUAAAUAUGUUUCUCGUUAUUAUUUACGUAUUGAAGCCAAUUAUGCAGGAGUUUCUCAACAACUGACUUGCUUUUAUUGGUAUUCUAUCAUCUAAUCCAGUCAUCGACAGGCUUGUCCUAAGAACUUAAUUCCCAGAUUACUAGCCAGUUAAAGGACGCUACAAGUAGGCUUGCCACGAGCGAGCUAAGCAAGCAGCACUAAUAGUUCAACCUCUGCUUAGAGAUCAUUUGGAACAAUAUAUUCAUACUGACUGGUUCAUAGAACAUGUUGGUAUCGGCAGCCUUAUGAGGUUUGCUUAUAGGCCUGGGCAAAUACAACACCUAACAGUGACCCUACGCGUAAAUCGUAGCAACCCUAGCAAAUCUGCAAGAAAAUCUAACAAAAACCCCAUUGCAUUUUCUUAAAAUGAACGAACGAAUGAAUGAAUAUAUUAAAAUAUUAAAGUGAAAAAUGUUGUGUUAUAGUUAUACAGAACUGGAUAAAACGAGAGUUUAUAGAAACGAUGCAUUCAACGAGCAAUCUGGAAAAAGACAGUCAGUCGCCGUGUAGGAGACAUUCGAACUAUUUAAAUAUGUA